AUGUCCGUCAAUAGGGUCAACACAGCUGCCCCUUCCUUGGACUGCCGACCUGCUCCAGCGCCCUACCCGCCGGGCAGCGGACCUCCGCGGUCGCCCCUUCACAAGGUGCCCCCGGGCCUGGCCGGUGCUGUCACCGCAGCGGCGACCGACCGAGGCCUGCAGGGCGCUGUCCCCCGCGGGCACCUGAGCCAGGCCUGCGAGCAGCGCGACCGCCUUCGGCUCGAACCCUGA